GGCCCGGUGACCCAGAUGACUCCGGAGGAAGAUUACCGGCGCUUAAUGUCCGCCCUCAACGAACACAGCACUUUUGAGGAGCAGCAGCAGCAGCAGCGUCUCUACCAGUUGGCCGGCGGGAUAUCCGUCCCGAGUCACAGUGAUAUCCUCCGGGCGCGUCAAGAAGUCGCCUCGCGAAACCCCAGCAGCAUAGAGCCUCACCUUUCCUCUGCCAGCAACUCGUCCAGCCAGCGCAGAAAACAAGGACUUCCGCAGCACCGGGAUUCACACUUCACCGAGAGGGAGAUGUCCCACCCCCCACCUCUCCUGUCGCCCCAGAAUGCUCCCCACAUCGCUUUGGGACCUCACUUGAGACCCCCUUUUCUUGGGGUGCCUUCGGCUUUGUGCCAGACGCCAGUUAAGAUCAUCAACCAGACAGGCGGAUUUAGUACCGUAUUUCUCCGAAAAGAAGACCUAACCGGAAAAUCAUCCCUAAUGCAUCUGUUGGAGCAAAAAAUUAAUAUAAGACCUGGUUUUAUUUUGGGAGAAAUACGGCUUGAGAUGUCGGCGGAAAUUAUCCGGCAGAAAGAACUGGAGAACCUUCACCGCCAGAGGCUCCUGGCUACCGACCCCAUGGGUUUGCACCCGGGUCUGCCUCCGGACCACCCCGCCUUGCGCAGCCUCCACGACAUCCCGGAAGGACACCCGCUUCGGGACGAGCUCUCCCGGAGGAACGCCAUGCUGGUCCUCCGGCACAACAAUGCCCCGCUGCUAUCGCUCAACCCCCAGGGGGUCCCCACCGCCUCCACCACCCCUCCCAAGGAGCAGAGCACGCGGAGGGGCACCCGGAAGGCCGCGCACUCUCGCUGCGAGGCGCUGGGCCAGAGCGAACCCAAAGACUUGUUAGACAGCCGCCCGCCGGACAGCAACCACGAGGAAAUGAAGGACUCGGACAGCGAGGCCGAAGCGAACGACGAGAAACCGGACGCUCUGAAGGCCGAGAACAGCGGCGGGGCCGGCGAGGUUAAGGAGUGCAAGGAGGUGGCAAAGACUGGCGAGGGCACCAAAGAACUGGGUGAGGUGCCAGCUGGGCAGAACACGCCCUGUAGUUCCUCCAGUGUGGAAUUGCCUAGCUAUCUCCUGGGUCCGACAAUGGGCAAGUCGGAGGUCAAACUACUCCCUACGGCUUCCCUUCCACCACCCCAACCGCUCCCGUUCGGUUUCCCGUAUACGAUGAGUCCGUAUUUCCAUGCAGGCACGAUGGGAGGUCUCUUCCUGGACGGGGAGGAGACCCCGGCCACCACCACCGCGUUGCAAGACGUCAGCAAAUGGACCGUGGAGGACGUCUGCAGUUUUGUCAGCUGCCUCUCCGGUUGUGCUGAAUACACUCAGGUCUUCCGGGAUCAGGCCAUCGAUGGCGAGACGCUGCCCCUCUUGACGGAAGAACAUUUACUCAACCACAUGGGCUUAAAACUAGGCCCAGCGUUGAAAAUACGGUCACAGGUAGCCAAGAGGGUGGGCCGGGUGUUGUAUAUGGCCAGCUUUCCCGUGGCUUUUCCACUCCACCCGCCCGGCCUGCGGCCCACGGAUUGCAACCUGCCUCCCGCCGAGCUUCGCCCACCCUCCACCGGAAGCGUGGCCUCGUCCCCCUACGGAGGGACGCUUCUGCCCAGCCGGGUCUCCCCCAAACAAGAAAAUGGGACCUCUCUCUUGGCGGCCCUGGGGGACGCCCCCAAGCCCCCUUCGUAA